AUGAUGGCGCUGUACGAUACUUCAGUUCUCUGGAUUAUCAUCGUGAUCUCGUGUUUCGCGUCCCCAAGUGUCCAAGACGAGCACCUCCCGGAUAUCCAAAGACUCCGAAAGGCACUCGGGAUGACUGGGUCACGACUCAGGAAUCGCUUGGUGCGACCAGUUCUCUCCGAGAACACAACGAUCGAUGUUACCGUAACUGUCGAUGUGUCGGACAUCUUCUCUAUCCAGCUUGACGGACGAGAAGCUACGUUCAAGGGCCAGACCUGCAUAUCCUGGUUCGCUGACAUCCUCAAAUGGGAUCCGAACGAUUUCAACGGUCUCCAAUCCGUGACGCUUCUCAGCUACGAAAUGUGGGUCCCGGAUAUAGAAAUCUUCAACCGAGUGAAUUUCAUGAACCCUUACAACAGACGCCGGAGCCCCAUACGACUGUUCUCUAAUGGCACCUUGGGAUUUUGUGAAUACAAAACCAUGAGUGUGAGCUGCGACACCGAUAUGUACGCCUUUCCUGUGGACAGACACCAGUGCUCGGUGCUGUUUGGCUCCACGACGUACGGCAUCAAGAAACUCAAUCUGAAACCUGUCCUCCAUCGAGACUACGAGAAAAUAACCAGUCGAUACGCGGAAUGGCGUCUUCUCGCUGCCGAUUUCCGUCUUCGACCGGGGAGUUUUGACGAUUACUUCGAUUACACUCUACAAUUAGAUCUCGUGAUCGAGAGGAGAUUCUCUCACCAUUUCCAUCGUUUCGUCAUCCCGAUGUGUAUCGGAACCGCAUUGACUGCGCUCUCUUGUUGGCUGCCGCUGACUUCCCCGAAAAAGUUCGCUCUGCCCCUGAUCGGACUCUUGCUCUUGACGUACACGAUCAAUUAUUACUCAAUCAUGUUGCGUUCUUCUUCUACAACUCCCCUCAUUCUGAAGUUUGCAUCGGAUCUCAUGUUUUUCACGGCUUUCAUUAUUUUCCUCGCGGUCCUUAUCAUGAUUCUCGAGGAGAGCGAAACGAUAGAGCUCCCCUCACACCCUCUCUUGGAUCGCCUCUUAAAGGUGGAAUCGGUCCAGAGCUAUUUACUGAGUGAAGAAGCCUUGAUUUCCGAUGCCACCGAGGAGGCCGAGAUGCAAAAUCCUCCGGCUGGGCAGAGUCUGGAGGACCUGCCCGUGAUCGAGGAAAGGUUCGAGGAAAGGUUCAAGGCCACUCGGACUUGGCCUCGGUUGCUGACGGUCCUGCAGCGAGUAUCCUCUGCGCUGUUUCUAUCUCUGUACCUUGUGGUGUAUUAUGUCACGAUAGGCAGCGUCGACUAGAGCUUCGCAGAGAG